GUGCAAUAACCAGAUACGUCCAUUUUUAAAAAUUAUCCAGGAAACAAAAAACAAUCUAUAAAAUUGAAAUCAUAUCUUUUUCAAACACAUCUUUAUCUAGCGCUGUGAUAAGGCAGAUAGUUGAUUUUUGUUUUGAAUACCAUAUUUUAGCUUUAUUCAGUUAUUAAGUGAAAACUUAACGUUCAUUUAUAGAGCUAAAAUUAUAUUCAGUUUUUUAUGGUGAGUUGAGCAAUGUUUAUUUAAUCAUUCUUAUUUAUACUUUCCUAGUUCAUUUUCAUAAGCAUGGUAUCAGCUUUGUCAAAUUUAGGGAGCGAUGAAGGUAAAGCAAAAAUACGAGCAGUAGAACUGGCUGAGAAGAAGUUAUCAGAUUUAGUGACAAAUCAAACCAUACAUUUAUUUAAUGCAUUAAAUAUUAAAACAAACUUUUUACGAACUGAUCCAAGCACAUGGGAAACUAAUGAAGAAUAUCUAAGUGGAAAGAAAACGUUGGGGUCAUUAAAAGUUGUGAAUGACAUAGCAGAGCGAGGAGUGUCUUUAAUUUCAUCUUUUAAUUCAGUUCUGACCAAUCAAGAGGAACAAAAACAGUUUUUACUGCAAGUCGUUGAAAAACAUCGUCAACAGUAUCCUGACCCAAACAAAAAAACACUUCAAAAUCUCUAAAUGCCUUAUAUUUUUUGUUUAUAUUAUUAAUUUUAUAACUAUUUUGUAUCUGACAUAAUGCAAAAGUAUUAAAAGUAUUCACAUUUAUGUAUAGAGUUGACGGAAAAUA